AUGAAGAAAAGGGGUGCUCAUCUCCUUUUGGGUAUCAUCUUCCUGACUCUGACUGGAGUUCAAGGAAUCCCAGCAGUAAAGAAUGGACGCUGUUCCUGUAUCAACACCAGCCAAGGGAUGAUCCAUCCAAAAUCCUUAAAGGACCUUAAACAAUUUGCUCCAAGCCCUUCUUGUGAGAAAACUGAAAUCAUUGCUACAAUGAAGAAUGGGGAUCAAGCCUGCCUAAACCCAGAUUUACCAGAAGUGAAAGAACUGAUUAAAAAGUGGGAGAAACAGGUCAACCAAAAGAAAAAGCAAAAGAAAGGGAAAAAAUAUCAAAAAACCAAGAAAGUUCCAAAAGUUAAAAAAUCUCAACGUUCUUCUCAAAAGAAGACUACAUGA